AUCAUCCUAGUGGUGGGUGUUUGCUCGUCUUCUCAGACCUCGGGUUCGGUUGGAUCAUGGCCUGCCUUCGAUUGCCAGCGGCGCACGCGCUGCAUCCUUUCCCCGCUGGAAGAACCAAAACCCCAUUCUCGAAACCCUUGGUUUCCAAUCCGAGAUUCACCAGCUCCCUUGUCGCAUCGACGAUGAGGUUCCGUUGGGAAGAUGUCAUGCAAGUUUCCCACGAAGACGAAGAUCGUCGGGACCUUCGGGGCUACUUCCACAAAAUCCGAAUUUGCAAUCGAGGGAACGAAUCGAAGACCGAGUUUGUGCCAUUUGUAAUCGAGGAUCAGGUCGUUGGUUUCAUUCAUAAAGGGUUUGUGGAUCAUUUGAAAGACUUUCCCGGUGUUUUUACGUGUUUGUUGGGUAAUGGUGAUCAUCGCUUUGAUAAUGGCCGUGUCACUCUUCAUGAGUCUCUCUCGACGCCAGGAGAGAGGACGAGAGCGGUUGCGGGUGUCAUCCGAUGCUUGGGAGAAUUGAUUCCAGGUAUCCGUAGUGAGCAUUACCCUGUGACAUCUUCUUUUGGGGUACCUGCAUUCUUCUCUCUUGAACGUGCGGCUGCUCCUUACUUUGGCAUAAAGGCAUAUGGUGUUCACAUGAAUGGGUAUGUUGAGAUAAAUGGACAAAAAUUUCUUUGGAUUGGAAAGAGAAGUCAAAUGAAACCUACUUACCCUGGGAUGCUUGAUCAUCUUGUUGCUGGAGGGCUGCCACAUGGUAUCUCCUGCAAAGAGAAUCUAAUAAAGGAAUGUGAAGAGGAAGCAGGCAUUCCCAGGUCAAUUUCUGAUUGUGCCACCUCUGUUGGAGCAAUUUCUUACAUGGACAUUGAUGGGUUUAGAUACAAGAGAGAUGUGCUUUUUUGCUAUGAUUUAAAACUCCCUGCAGAUUUUAUACCAAAUAAUGAAGAUGGAGAGGUUGAUAGCUUCAGAUUGAUUCCAGUGGACGAUGUUGCCAAUAUCAUCCGUAGGUCUGAAUUCUUCAAGCCAAAUUGCACAAUUGUCAUUAUUGACUUUCUCUUUCGUCAUGGGUAUAUAAGCCCUGAUGAUUGUGGCUAUUUAAAGCUGCUUCAGAGCUUAAGGAGUGGAGAUUGCUGUUGAGCCAACAAUUUUGUUAAGGUAUUUUUUUGUUUUGGACAAAGCUUAUAAACCACCUCUGUUUUUAUUGGUUAAUAAUUAUACAUGGUUCUUGUUAAGGGAAUGAAUGAAGACUUGUUAUAUUAUUUUUA